CAGAUUAAUUUCAAAUGAAUUUAAUUCACAAUAAAUUCAACAAUCAUUUCAAUAAACAAUUUUUCUUUUAAAUGGAUAAAUAAGUAAAUAAAUGGAUUUAUUUUAGUAAAUUAAUAUUAAAUAAUUAUUAGUAUUAUAUGCUCAUUCGGAUAAAUAUCAUGAUUUUAAUUGGAUAUUACAUGUUUAUUCAUUAGAUGAGUAUUUCUUUUAAAAAAUCAUACAAUUUUUUUUUUAAACUUGUACACAAAUAAGUAAAUCAAAAUCAUUUAUUAAAUAUUUAUCAUCAAUGACUUUUUCAACAAAAUCCUCAUUAUAGAAUGAUAUUGAAUUAAAAGGUAUUUUAUCAUAUAAAACAAUAUCAUCAAUUCAAUCACCAAAUAAAACAAAUGUAUCAAGAAAAUCAUUUCAAUCGAAUACAACAGUUCAAUUAACAAAUAAAUUGACAAUAAAUCGAAAUAAAAAUUCAUGUUUAACACCAUCAAAACCUGCUGGAACAAUUAAUUUAAUUGAUGGAUAUAUAAUGAUUGGUGAUAUAACUAGUUUUUAUAAAGAAACAUUUCUAAACAUUCCGAAUCUAGAUAAAAAUUUAAAAGAAAAUCAAUUAAUUGAUCUUCCUUAUAGUAAUAAAACAUUUCAAAAUAUUGAAUCAGGACAUGUUAACGUAAAUAUAUCUUCAAUUAAUUAUUCAUCAAAUAAAAUUCAAACAAAUUCAACAUCGAAUGUUUUAUCAUCAUCGAUUCAAGUAGGUGCAAAUGAUACAGUACGAACGACUCGAACUUGA